CACGCCCGCUGCUUCCGGACACACUGUUUGAAUAUGUCGCGCCUGCGGAGAGCUGCGGGGCUCGGCUCUCGGGUGGGGUUCCGUGCGGACGGCGGUGACGGGCCCCCGUCUGUGCCCCAGGGGCUGCUGAAGGCGGCGCGGAGUAGCGGCCAGCUCAACUUGGCCGGAAGGAACCUCGGGGAAGUACCUCAGUGUGUUUGGAGAAUCAAUGUGGAUGUUCCUGAAGAGGCAAAUCAGAAUCUCUCGUUCAGUUCCACUGACCGAUGGUGGGAGCAAACGGAUCUCACGAAACUCAUCAUCUCCAGUAAUAAACUCCAGUCUCUCUCGGAUGACCUCCGCCUCUUACCUGCUCUUACUGUUCUUGAUAUACAUGAUAAUCAGCUGACAUCCCUCCCGUCAGCUAUCAAAGAGCUAGAGAAUCUUCAGAAACUUAAUGCCAGCCAUAACAAGCUGAAAAUGCUUCCUGAAGAAAUUACAAACCUAAAGAACCUGAAGGCCCUGCAUCUGCAGCACAAUGAACUCACAUGCAUUCCUGAAGGCUUCGAACGCCUUUCCAGUUUAGAAGAUUUAGAUCUUUCGAGCAAUCGUCUAGCAGCGGUGCCUGCUGGUCUUGCUUCGCUCUCCAGCCUGCUGCGACUCAAUCUUUCCAGUAACCAGUUGAAGAGCUUGCCGACAGAAAUCAGCAAGAUGAAAAGAUUAAAGCAUUUGGAUUGUAAUUCGAAUCUCUUGGAAACUGUGCCUCCUGAAUUGGGUCUCAUGGAGUCUCUAGAAUUGCUUUAUUUGCGGAGGAACAAAUUACGUGCUCUGCCAGAAUUUCUUUCUUGUAGGAUCUUGAAGGAAUUACAUGUUGGUGAAAACCAGAUUGAAACACUGCAGGCCGAGCAUCUUCAGCAGCUGACUGCUGUCCUUGUGCUGGACCUGAGAGACAACAAGUUAAAGUCCGUUCCUGAGGAGAUCGCUCUGCUGCAGUCUUUGGAAAGACUUGACCUAAGCAACAAUGAUAUUAGUAGUCUGCCCUGUUCACUGGGAACCCUUCAUUUGAAAUUCCUGGCUCUUGAAGGGAAUCCUCUAAGAACUAUUCGAAGAGAAAUUAUAGCUAAAGGAACGCAGGAAGUCCUGAAACACCUACGAAGCAAGGUCAAAGAUGAUGGACCUAAUCAAAGUAACUCUGUUCCUGAAACAGCCAUGACACUGCCCAGUGAGUCCAGAGUCAACAUCCAUGCCAUCGUCACACUAAAACUGCUAGAUUAUAGUGAUAAACAAGCAACUGUGAUUCCUGAUGACGUGUUUGAUGCCGUGAAAAGCAACAUCAUCACUUCUGUUAACUUCAGUAAGAAUUGUCUGAGUGAGAUUCCUGCAAGGGUUGUAGAACUGAAGGAGAUGGUGUCUGAGGUCAGUCUCAGUUUUAACAAGCUUGCCUUUAUAUCCCAGGAGUUCUGUGUGCUUCAAAAGUUGACAUUUUUAGACAUAAGGAAUAAUCUUUUAAGUUCUUUGCCUGAAGAAGUGGCAUCACUGGCAAAACUACAGACGAUCAAUCUGUCCUUUAACAGGUUCAAAGUGCUGCCUGAAGUUCUGUAUCAGAUCCCCUCUCUGGAGACAAUUCUGAUUAGUAACAACCAGGUGGGCUCUGUGGACCCUCAGAAGAUGCAGCUGAUGGAGAAACUGAGCACCCUGGACCUGCAGAACAAUGACCUCCUGCACAUCCCCCCGGAGCUUGGGAACUGUGUGCAUCUGAGAACACUACUCCUAGAUGGAAAUCCAUUCCGCGUUCCCCGAGCAGCCAUAUUAAUGAAAGGCACAGCUGCUGUGCUGGAGUAUCUGAGAGACCGGAUUCCAGCCUGAUUUGGAGCUGGCUUCUCUUUGGGGAGGGCAGAGCCAGCCUAGGGUGACACCAUGCUGUGCAUCCUGUGUCAGCAGGAGGCCUCUGGCUGCCCACCUUCCCACCUCCACUGCCACGGAAUGUUUGCUGAGUUGUGAAGUGUUGUGUACAUGUAUGGUGUUGACUGCGUGUGGUCAUGCAGUAUUCCAGUUCUUAAUGUUUUUCAAAUUCAUUCUCUUACAACAUUGCAAGUACCAAGUACUUUUUCCUUAAUGUGAUUUAAUGUUUUCAUAAUCAUAAAGCGAGCGCCUUUGUAGAACUGGGCUUUGUUUUUCUUUUCCUUCUCCGUAUAACGGGACCUGAGCUUGACUGUCCGGUUCUAGCGCUUUAUUUUUUGGAGACAGGCUCUCACUGUGUAGCCCCAGCUGGCCUGGAACUCACUCUGUAGACCAUGCUGGCCUUGAACUGUUGCCUCUGCCUCCUGAGUGCUGGGACUAAAGGCGUGCACCACCACACCUGGCAACUCAAUUCUGCUUUUCUGUUAGAUAUAAAAUGAAUGACCUUUAUUGAAUACUACUCUUCGGCAUUUAAAAGACAAAACUUUAUAACUUGAUUUAAUAAAAACCAAAUAUAAACAUUUUUUGUUUACAAUGAGAUGAUCAAAAGCAAACUUAUGAGCUGUCUGGCUCACAUGAUUAUGUCAAACAGCCAGUUCAAUUGUGUGUGUGUGUGUGUGUGUGUGUGUGUGUGUGUGUGUGUGUGCGUGCGUGUUGGCAUGGGUGUGGAGGUAAAGAACUUACAGGGUGAUGCAUGACUGUCUUAGGACACCUUGCUAAUAAGCUGCAUAUUCCAUGUUCAUAAUAAAAGUUACAUCCUACGA